AUGUUUGCCAUAAGAUGUCCUGCGUCCAUGCUUUGGCACCCCUCUGUGCACCACAGUCUUUUGUUGCUCCGCGCUCUUGAGCAACCCCAUACGCUUCUCCUUGAUCCACACACCACCUUGAGAGGUCGUCUCUCCGUUCCUCUUCUCUCAGAAUGUGCAAGAGAGGUGCGCAUUAAGGCACCACCCGUUCAUCACGAGGUCGACUCUCCUGCUGGUGCUUCUACAGAACGUAGUGUAGUGCUGUACAGAGCGGAGGACUUGGUUCACGUGGUGAACCACCCGCUUUGCUCUGGGGGAAACCUUGGCGCAGCCUCCCCAACGCAGCUUGGGGGUUUUGCAUCGCUACUCGAGUAUCUCGAGGCAUCGACAGUGAGCAGCCACGUGACAUCGGCCAUCGAUGCUCUCCUGGUGUCUCUGAACACGGGCGACAUGGAAACGAUGCGCCAGACUCACGCGGGUGUGAUGGAGCUGAUGGAGAGGUUGGAAGCCUCCAUCACUGAUGAGAGCCUGAGUGAAGCACAUCAGAUGGACCAGACGGAGCCACUAAGCACCUGGCCGCUCUUCUGCACGCUUCAGUUUCUCAUUGAAGAAGGGGGUAUGCUGACGUCGGCCUUUCCUCGGACAAGCAAAGCGUACGCACGACUCUGUAGCUCCAGCAAACCUGUGGCGCAGCACCGAAGGCUCGUUCAACGUACUGUGGAGCAGCUGCUCGGCGUUGGCAGCAACUCUGAUACCGAUGUCAAGCAAGGAGCACGGGUGGAGAUGAACUAUCCGAUGAAGGGUUUUUUGCGUGACGUCCAACGUCAUCUGGCUUCGUACAAUCGGAGCAUGGAGGAGCGCACCAUAGAUGGGGUGUCGGGUGAGAAAGGGCCGCUGAGCAGUCGUGCAAGCGGUGGGCGGCUUGGUAUUCAGGCGGUUCAGGCUCGCCUACCUUGGACGCUACAAGCAUGGCCACUACGCAAGGGAUAG